UAAAGCUUUGUUACUCAACCAAACGCGAAGGUAGUGCCUAACAUUGAGAGAGGGAAAGAAUGGCACAAGUCCAGCAACUCCUUACACUAAGAUCACACUCUUCUACAAAUGGGAUAUUCAUUCCUAUCAAUAGACCUCAAUUCAACUCCAAACUCCAUGUCUUUGGCGCCAUUUAUCGCCCCUCCAAUGUUCACAAACUAACACUUCCCACUUUCACUCAUCUUUCCACCUCUCGUCCAUCCCCUUUUUCUUAUCCUCACCAACCCACUUCUGGGUUUCGCCAAUUUUGCAAGUUCAAUGAUUUGGACUCAAUUUCACAGCUGGAGCUUGGCAAACAAGCAAGGGAACGUAGACCUGAGAAAAGGGUGAAUGCAGUAUUCUGGAUUAUUCUUCUUAACCUUGCUAUAUAUGCUGCAGAUCACCUUUUCCUGGUUCGAGACAUCAAAUCCCUGUACUUGUUCCACAAUCAGCCUGCUUGGUACCAAUUUGUGACUGCUGCGUUUUGUCAUGCAAAUUGGAACCAUCUUUCCAGCAAUCUUUUCUUUCUGUACAUUUUUGGGAAGCUUGUGGAAGAGGAAGAGGGUAGCUUUGCAUUAUGGUUUUCUUAUAUUCUAACAGGUGCCGGUGCAAAUCUUGUUUCUUGGUUGGUUCUCCCAAGAAAUGCAGUUUCUGUUGGAGCCUCUGGUGCUGUUUUCGGCUUGUUUGCGAUAAGUGUCCUUGUGAAGAUGUCUAUGGAUUGGAGAAAGAUUCUUGAAGUACUUAUAUUAGGCCAAUUCGUGAUUGAGAAGGUGAUGGAAGCAGCUCAAGCGUCAACUGGUUUGUCGAAUGGCUUCAUUGGAACUAACUCAUUACAGAGUGUUAAUCACAUAGCACAUCUAUCAGGUGCUCUGGUUGGGGUACUUUUGGUAUGGUUACUCAGCAAGGUUCCAUCUGACGCUUCAGACAAAGAAGGAUUGGCUGAGAAGCCUGAUAGGAACCGUUAACGUUGUGUAACAAAGCCACUCGAAGCAUAGCUGCUCUACCUGUAGUCUUGGCUAAUGAUUGCUUAAUUGACAUAUAUAUCUAGCGUUGGUGGAAGAAAAGUUGUCAAAAGGAAUCCAAAGUUGAAAUGCGGGAAGUUGUGUAUAACAAGUCUGAGCCUAAAAAGGUUUGUAUAACUACAUGUGUAGAGACCUGUUGAAGCUGUAAAAUGAAUAGAUGAUUAGAAUGAUAUUAUUAUUUUUCUAAAA